GUCAGGUACAAGAUGGCGGCGGAGCUACGGCCGCCUCUGAUCCUCGAUCCUGAGUCUGAGGGAGACAGCGCCGAGGGGGAGGACAUCUUCACCGGCAGCACCAGCCCCUCAGAGAUGGAUUCCACAAAGGUUUCUGGCAAUAGCUCCAAGACAAAUGGUAUACACUCUGAUGACGAGCAAGAUAUUUUUGCUGAAGCUACUGUGGAGUUAUCUCUGGACAGCCCUGAAAAUGGCAAUCAAACUAAACCAUCCACUGCUGGUCUGACCGUAACGGCUCCACCUGGAUCUGCUAUACAAUCCCAGACUAAAAUCUAUCAAGAGUUGGAAGAGGAAGAAGUGGAGGAUGAAGAGGAUCAGUUUGAUGUGAAUGUUACAGUUACUGAGCCAGAGAAAGUGGGUGAUGGGAUGGCAGCAUAUAUGGCCUAUAAGGUGUCUACUUUGACCAGCUUAUCAAUCUUCAAGAGGAAGGACUUUAGUGUGAAACGACGAUUUAGUGACUUUCUUGGAUUGUAUGAUCGACUGUCAGAAAAACAUUCACACAAUGGCUUCAUAGUUCCUCCUCCUCCUGAGAAGAGCUUAAUAGGUAUGACCAAAGUGAAAGUUGGGAAAGAAGAUUCUUCCUCUGCUGAGUUCCUGGAGCGGAGGCGAGCUGCAUUAGAAAGAUAUCUACAGAGAAUCAUCAAGCACCCAACGCUCUUGCAGGAUCCUGAUGUGAGAGAGUUCUUGGAAAAAGAUGAGUUGCCACGAGCAGUAAACACUCAAGCUUUAAGUGGUGCUAGUCUCCUUCGGAUGGUGAACAAAGCUGCCGAUGCAGUCAGCAAGAUGACCAUCAAGAUGAAUGAGUCCGAUAUCUGGUUUGAAGAGAAGUUUCAGGAGAUUGAGAAUGAAGACCAACAAAUACGCAAGCUUCAUGCAGUUGUUGAAACAUUAGUCAAUCAUAGAAAAGAGCUUGCGAUAAAUACGGCCAUCUUUGCAAAGAGUGCUGCCAUGCUGGGGAGCUCCGAGGAUCACACAGCAUUAUCCCGGGCACUGUCACAACUUGCAGAGGUUGAGGAGAAGAUUGAGCAGCUUUACCAUGAGCAAGCCAACAAUGACUUCUUCCUGUUCGCUGAGUUGCUGAGUGACUAUAUCCGUCUGAUUUCUGCAGUGAGGGGAGUCUUUGACCAACGGAUGAAAGCAUGGCAGCGUUGGCAAGAUGCUCAGACCACACUGCAAAAAAAGCGAGAAAAUGAAGCUCGAUUGAUUUGGGCCAACAAACCUGACAGACUGCAACAAGCUAAAGAUGAGAUAUCCGAGUGGGAGCCCAAGGUUCUACAGUGUGAGAGGGAUUUUGAGCGGAUCUCCCUAACCAUUCGGAAGGAAGUUGCUCGGUUUGAGAAAGAACAAAUCAAAGACUUCAAAAGUCGGAUUAUUGUGUAUUUGGAAACACUUCAGAACUCACAGCAACAGCUCAUCAAAUACUGGGAAGCUUUCCUACCAGAAGCAAAAGCCAUUGCGUAGUGGAACUGAAAACUGAGUGGACACUUGCUGCCUUUUAUAUUGUACCUCCAGCCUAUAAGUGAAUCUGCAAUAUCACCUAUAAAAGGGGACACUUUUUUUUAA